GAGUACCUGCGAGAACCAGCUGCUGAGUUCCUUGGAACCAUGAUUCUUAUCAUCUUUGGUACUGGUGUCGACUGCCAAGUCGUGCUUUCCGGCAAUACAGCCGAUUACCUGUCUUUAAACUUUGGAUGGGCAGUCGGUACUGCGCUGGGUGUAUGGUUCUCAGGCGGUAUUUCUGGUGGUCACAUCAACCCGGCUGUAACUCUAGCAUUGGCGACGUUCCGUGGCUUUCCAUGGAAGAAAGUGCCCGCCUUCAUCUUCGCUCAACUAAUGGGCGCAUUGUGCGGUGCUGCGAUCAUCUACGCCAACUACUUCCACGCCAUCGAUAUCUUCGAAGGCGGCCGGGGCGUUAGAACAGUGCCCGGGACCGCCGGCCUGUUUUCUACGUACGCGCUGGAUUACAUGACCAACGUCUCUUGCUUCUUCUCGGAGUUCAUGGCGACCGCGGUGCUGCUUCUCGUUGUGCUCGCCGUGACGGACAAGAACAACGGCCCCCCUCCACCGGGCUUGGUUCCCCUCACGCUGUUCAUCACUAUCCUCGGUAUCGGUGCGGCCCUCGGUAUGGAGACCGGCUACGCUAUCAAUCCCGCGCGUGACCUUGGCCCCCGACUCCUGACCGCUAUGGUUGGGUACGGCAAGGACGUCUUCACUUUCCGGAACCACUACUGGCUCUGGUGCCCAGUGAUUGCCCCUAUAAUCGGCGCACAGGCCGGCGCGCUGAUCUACGACGGCUUCAUUUUCACCGGCGCCGAGAGCAUACUGAACAAGCCGUGA